AGCGAGCAACUUGCGGGACUCCCUUGUUGCCGAACAUGGGCUCCUUCUUCUACUUCGCUUAAAGUUCACUUCUAACGCGUGGAAGGGAGGAAAGGAAGCACUUUAAAAAAAGAGAGGGUACAGUCAGUGUGCGUUCAAGAAAGACCUGGAACAUCUUACAUCCACUUCGAGCUAAAGAGAAGACGAGAGAAAGCAAAAGGGGAAGGAGAAAAGGCAUUUUUCUGUUUUUGGAAUCUACAACUUUGGCAAGCCUUGGACCAUUCCAGCUCUUCCAAGGACUUUGGGAAGUUUGAUGCAGGCUGAGGCAACCCCCAGGCUCUAUUGGUGACUACGUCUUCCAAGCACGGGCAUUACAGUUUCUUGAGGAUUUUGUGUGUGCGGAGGCUGUCUUCCCAUGAGAAAAGGUUGUCAGCAUAAGGCGAGCAGCGGGCCUCUGAGCGCCGAUGCCAGUGGACAUGCAGCCACACCAGGGCCUGUACCAGUAUGAGACCUCACCCAGCCAGCCCUCCAGAGGCCUCCGGCCCCCAGACCAGUCCCCCUACAGUGACGUGCCCUCCUUGCGUGCACCGCUCCUCAACGGCCCUCCUCAGGACUGCAGAGCAAUGUAUAACCCCAUGACUCCUGGCAUGGGUCAUGGAUCGGGACCGGGACAGAGCAUCGGUCACUGCUUGGAUCAGUACAUGAGGCCCCACCAAGCUCCGCUUCCACUUGGCAUGAUGGGCCACAGGAACAUAGAAGGAAACAGCGCCCCCUACUGUAACCAGAACAACAUGAUGUCCUCUCAUCACAACUUCAGCUCAGAUCAGAUGAGCUCAGGUGACGGCUCGAGGUUCUCCACGCCGCGCUCCAUGCUCAAGUUGAGUAAAAAGAGAGCGUUGUCCAUCUCUCCGCUGUCUGAUCCCAGCGUGGAUCUGCAGACGGUCAUCAGGACGUCUCCCAACUCCCUGGUGGCCUUUGUCAACGCCCGCUGCACGCCAAAUGGGGCCGGCUCCUACGGCCAUCUCUCCGUCAGCGCCAUGAGUCCAUCACUGAGCUACUCAAGCAACAUGAACUGCCACUCCAGGACACAGGGAUCCCUCUACGGGGGAGGUGGGGGGACACCACUGGGGUCACACACAACGGCCGCAUGCCAGGCAUCCCGGUUACCCCCCCACAAUCCUCGUCUCCAUGUUCCGCCCAAGCACGGACAGCUGAAGACUGAGCCCGGGCUGGUGGGGGUGAUAGAUGGCAUGAAUGUGAAGAGCCUGGAGGAGAGGUCAGAGGGAGAUGUAGCCAGUCCUUCCUCCACUGGUACUCAGGACCCCCUUUUGGGUCUCCUGGAUGGCAGGGAUGACUUGGACAGGGAGGACGGCAAGCCUGAACCUGAGGCCGUCUAUGAAACCAACUGCCGCUGGGAGAGCUGCAACAAGGAAUUUGACACGCAAGACCAACUCGUUCAUCACAUCAACAACGAGCACAUCCACGGCGAGAAGAAGGAGUUUGUGUGCCACUGGCAAGAGUGUUCUCGUGAGCAGCGGCCUUUUAAAGCCCAGUACAUGCUGGUGGUUCACAUGCGCAGACACACGGGAGAGAAGCCACACAAGUGCACUUUCGAAGGCUGCAAUAAGGCGUAUUCUCGCCUGGAGAACCUGAAGACCCACCUGCGCUCUCACACUGGAGAGAAACCAUACGUUUGUGAACAUGAGGGCUGCAACAAAGCCUUUUCCAACGCCUCCGACCGGGCCAAGCACCAGAACCGAACCCAUUCCAAUGAGAAACCGUACGUCUGCAAGAUCCCCGGUUGCACCAAACGCUACACUGACCCAAGCUCGCUACGUAAGCACGUGAAGACUGUGCAUGGACCUGAGGCCCACAUUACCAAGAAGCACAGAGGGGACACGGGCCCCCGGCUGUCGGGCUCAGCCAUGACCCCCGGAGGUACCGGCACUGAAUUACUGCUGGAGAAAGAGGAGAAGCGCCGGGAGGACUGCAAACUUAUGGCCCCUGAUAUUGCUUUGAAAUCCCAGCCAAGCCCUGGCGGCCAGUCGUCCUGCAGCAGUGAACGCUCCCCACUGGGCAGCACCAACAACAAUGACAGUGGGGUGGAGAUGAACCUGAACACGGCGGGCAGCCUAGAAGAUCUCACAGCCCUCGAGGAUGGAGUGACGCCCACAGGAGGUGGAGGGGAAGGGCCGGGAAGCGCAGGGGGUACGAUGGGGAUGUCGGCUCAGGCUCUGAAGAGGCUGGAGAACCUGAAGAUUGACAAGCUGAAGCAAAUCCGAAGGCCGAAUCCCCCCAGCCGUUGUCUCUCCAACAAGCUACCUGCGCUACCUUGUUCAGGUGAUACGAUGGGAAUGUGUGCACCUUCUUCACUCCUAUCAAAUCGGCGUGUUAUGGAGCUAUCCAACCACGACAUAGGAGGCGGGACUUCAAUCGGCGGCAAUGCGAAUGACAGGAGAGGAAGUGGGACCAGCAGCCUGAGUUCCGCCUACACAGUCAGCCGUCGCUCCUCUAUGGUGUCCCCCUACUUGUCCAGCCGGCGUUCCAGUGAGGUCUCCCAGUUGGGCGGAGCAGCAGGGGGAGGGUGCCACGCCUUGGCCCAAGAUCAGAGUGGGGGUGAUCCCCUCUCUCCUGAGACCAGUCGGAGAGGAGCUCCCUGUCCAGGAGGUGGAGGAGGAGCGUUGCCAGGUCUUUCUAAUCUAACACCAGCCCAGCAGUACAGUCUAAAGGCCAAGUAUGCUGCAGCGACUGGUGGUCCACCACCUACUCCUUUACCUGGCAUGGAGCAGCCACACACUCAAGGCAGAAGGGGGGGUAUCUUGAGUGACUACCAGGGGCAACCUCUGCCCCCUUUCAUUCAACAAGGUGGUCCACGUCGGCAUAGUGCCAACACGGAGUACGGCACUGGUGUCAUCUACCCGCAUCAAGCUGCGGGCAACAACAACAGGAGGGCCAGCGAUCCGGUGCGAUCAGCAAUGGAUCCACAAGCCCCCCCAAAGCGUUUCAACAGUCUCAAUAAUGUAUCCAUGAUGGGCCGAAGAAAUGCACUGCAACACCAGGACCAUCGCGCCGCCAGUGUCUCUCGCCACAUUUAUUCCCCUCGACCACCGAGCAUCACAGAAAAUGUAAUGAUGGAGGCGAUGGGUAUGGAGCCUCAGCUUUCCCCUUUAGAUGCCAGAAACCAGUCCAUGAUGAUCCCACCUGGGGAGGGGGGGUUCAUGGGAUACCACCAGCAGCAGACUCUUGGAGGAGGUGGAGGAUCUCUUUCAAACCAGCUUUCUAUAAGUCAUGACCCUGUGGGCUGUCCAGAACAAAAUUACCUGAAGGGGCACUACCAAAACCAAGGAGGGGAAGUCUCUCCCAGGGCUGGUGUGAAUCCAAUGGGUCAAGCAAGGCCUGUUCACACAGACAGGUCUAAUACGCUUCUUCAGCAGGCUGAAUACAGCAUGAGCAACUGCCAGCUCAGCCCCUCAGGCCACCAUUACCCACCCUUAGAACAGGGGGGUGAAGCUGGUCAGUGGAGUGAUGGCCACAACCAGGUGCAAAAUUCUCUCCAGCAGUACUCAGAUCCUAGUAUGCAGCCUCAGCAAGUCCACUUCAACAAUCAAACGGGUUUUUACAACAAUCCAGAGGGGACCCAUAAACUCACAAUCAAGCCUGAGCAACAGUUCCACCCUGGCAUGGGGAGCGGAGAUGCAUGUCAGAGUGCUAAACUUCAACAGCAGCGGCUCCUUCUUCAGCAGGGUUAUCCGCAACAGACGGGCCGGGCUAUGAUGAGAAACUCCAAUAGUAUGAACUGCGACUUUCAAGGGCAGAACCAAAACACCUUUUCCAGUGGUGGAGGAUUGAGUUUGGGUUGUGCUGGCACUGCUCUUGCUGACGGGCAGAGGUCAGAAACCCCGAUGAUGCAGGUAAAGGAGAUGAUGGUGAGGAACUAUGUGGAGUCCCAGCAAGCGCUCAUGUGGGAGCAACAACAAGAACAGCAGCAGAGUGGAAUAAAAGCACCUUCUCUUUCUGAUUCCCUGGACAUGACUAGCCAGACAUCCAUGGUGCAACACAGUCCUCAGCACCAAAACCAGAAUCUUUACUCCAACCAGCCAUUCGCUCCCUACCCCAAACAGAACAUGGUCAUGAGCCCACCUGCGCCCAGUCGAGGACCCAGCUCGGCUACACCAAAAGAACAGCAGAUGAUGGGACUCCAAGGUUCCUGCUAUGGUCAGGAAGUGGUGGUCCCCAGACCUCCUCAAGGACGGAAACCCCUCAGUCGCCAGAACAGCAUAUCACAAGUAGGAGGCGGGUACAUGGGAAGUCCACAGCAGCUUAGCCCUGUCCAUUCCACUUCCAGCCCCAGAAGAGGGGUCCGGCUUCCUCCAGUCCAGCAACCACAACAUGAAAUAUUCUCCCCUUCCAAUAACAACAUUUACUACUCUGGCCACAUCCACAUGGAUACACAGAAUGGACCUUGUCUCCCUCAGCAACACAACUUUGGUUCCACCCUAGACCCAACAACUGGCACAAAGUCCACCCCCUUGGCUUCCUAUUCAGAGUCCGGCCCCAUUCCCAACGCCUUAGAAAACCUGGACCUGGACAACGCUCGUAUAGACUUUACCUCCAUCAUUGAUGAUGCCGAGCCCUCCUCGUUCAGUCCGGUCAACCAUCCCAUUCAGGGUCAGCCUCGAGGUUCCUCCCAGGCAUCAUCGCGUCUCACCACUCCGCAGACCUCGGUCAGUUUGUCCAACAUGGCGGUGGGUGACAUGACGUCCAUGCUGACCUCGCUGGCUGGGGAAAAUAAGUACCUGAACACUUUGUCGUAGGCCAACAAGCAAUGGUCUCUAUAACUAGCUUGAGGCUCUGAGUCAUUUUACAUUGCAUGCCAGUCCAUUUUAAUGUAGUUUAUUGGAUUAUUAGUUGUAAUAUGCUCCUCCGCAUUGUGAGGAGUCAGUGGAGGUAACUUGGGCAUGUAGUUCAGAUGCCUCCUGUACGCCUACCUGUUCAGGUGUUCCGGGCAUGCCCAACCAGGAGGAGACCCUCGGGUAGACCUAGGACAUCCUGGAGGGAUUAUGUCUUGCAGCAACGCCUCGGUAACCCCCCGGUGGAACUGAAGGAGGUGGCCGCAGACAGGGAAGUCUAGGCUCCUCCCUGACCUCCUGCCCCCUCUCCCACACACACCCAGCAACAAGGACCCGGAUAAGCAAAAGAAAAUGGAUGGAUGGAUUAUUAGUCAGGGAUUUUUUUCCUAUGAAGCCUUAACUCUCUGAGGAACUCGUGUUUCUUGUAAGGGCGAGGAACUGACACAAGAUUCCAGCACAACAUGGACAUAAAUGCCUUGAAACGUGAACCUAACAUUAAAACCAAAGGUGCCUGAUUGUUCGUGAACACGAUGCUGAACAUUUUCCCCAAAAAAGGGGCAUUCCAGUGGCGAAUAGAAGGAUACUUGUAAAUAAUACAUUAUAUAUACACAUUAUACUGUAUAUGUUGUGUAUACGACAAAUAAGACAAAUCUGUCUUGUGAUGAUGCUUUGCGAUGUUUGCGGGUGUUAAUACGAUGAAGUUCUUUUCAGUGGUCCGUUUAGAACAAAGGUACUACUACUAACUGUUAAUCUUCUUUAUUUUGUAUCACGGCCUUUCAGUAUUUCCACACAAUGUACACAAGCAGACACUCAGGUUCAUGUUAAAAUGACUUGUAGUAACUUCGACCGUCAAACGGCGUGUGCAACCACGUCCUCUGCAGCGAGAAAAUGCAUUUGCAAUAUGUGAGUAUCAGGGGCGGGCAUUACCUUUAUCAACAAUGGGGGAUAGUAUGACUAAUUGUCAUUUUUAAAAUACAUUUAAUGAGAGGGGGGGAAUUUUACUCUGAAUGCUCUAAACUCCUGUUUACAUGCCAGUGUUGCAGAGAGCAGAAAAAUGCUGCCGGCUUUACAGCAAAUGAGAAACUGAAGCAAUAGCGCCUCUGCUGGUUACAGCCGAGCGCACUCUAUUUUGCUCACAUGCUCAAUGCUGUGUACGUACCGUAGCUUACCUACAAAGCAUAGCAUGCACAGCUCAGCUAAGGACAGCACAUUAGUACGUUAGAUAGGACUGUACACCGACAAAUUACUGUAAAAGGUACGUUCAUAUGGUAUCUUUGCACAAAUCACACAUCGAAAUCCUUAAGAGGUCCUUUAAAGACAAUAUAUCCCCGUUAUUUGUGAAGGUUACAUUCCAAGAGCACUGGCGAGUGGCAUGAGGAACAAAUUUGGGGUUUCUUGUGUAGCUUUGCCAUUUUAGGCUAAUUUAAGGAACAUGGAUGACAAUGGUUAAAUAUUUUCAAACUAAAUAUCCCCCGGCAAGUUUGACCUAUACUCAUUGAACACAGUCAAAAUGGCUUGAAAAUAAGUGAAUAGCACAAAAUGUCAGGAGAAUCUUGCAAGGGGUAACGCUAGAAUCUCAGGGAGCGUGCUUUGUAUGGAACACUACAAUACAAGGUGCGUUCACAUACUACAUGGUGCAUUGAGGUACGCCUUGGCUAUCACGGACCACAGCACUGCGUGGAAGGAACCUACCCUCUCAAGACUAUUUACGUUGCAAUAAGCUGGCAUCUAUUGGGUUUUAAAAGUUAGAAAACAUGGCAGCUGGACCUCAUAUGACAUAAAAUGACCAAAGACACCUUCGUUGCUGUACACUAACCAUGAUAGCGUCCCGAGCAAUAGUAGAGUGUACUAGAUGCUUUGCAUUCAAUAAUCUUUUUUUUUUAAGCAUUCAUGAACUUGUCAGUGUGUGCAUGUGUGUUUUGUUUUGUUUUGUUUUGUUUUUAGAGCUGUCAUCCAUCUUUGAGGCCUUUUUUGCUGGCAAAAGAACAUCACCUUUAGAACGCAAUGAGAGUAGCCUUAACUACUAAUAGACAAAAGCCAAGUGUUAUUUUGUGUACAAUUUUUUUUCUACAUUUUUAUACAAAUGUGCUAUAUUUUACCAGUAUGAAUAAAGAUGUCCAG